AUGUCGUUCGGGGCCUCAUUCCUCUCACCACCCAGGGUGAAGAGAGUCGAUAUGAAGACCGACUAUGCCUUCGUGGAGUUUUUCAAUGCACAGGAUGCCAAGGAAGCGCAGCAGCAGUGCCAUGGCAUGGUGGUGGACGGUGCAAGAAUCAUUGUGGAGAUGUCGAAAGGACCCAACCAGCCCUCCAACCCACCGCGCUGCUUCACCUGCGGGCAGGAGGGGCAUCGCUCCACCGAGUGCCCGCAGAGGCCGAGGCAGCAUCACUCGCAGGUCGUGUGCUUCGGGUGCAAGCAGCCUGGGCACCUGCACAAGCACUGCCCCAACCGCCCUGCCAUGCCGUCUCCCAAGCCUGGCGUGGGCCCGUCUGGGUCUGGGGUGAUCUCUGAUUCGGCUGCUGGUGGGAUGAUUUCUGGUGCUGCUGCUGGGGUGCCUGAGGCGGCAGCUAGUGGUGGUGUCAAGUGCUUCGGGUGCAAUGCAUCUGGACAUGUGCUCAAGGACUGCCCACAGAUUGCCAGUGGGGGAGCAGGUGGGGAGCAGCAUGAGAAGCAGCGCAGGUGGGACAAGCGCCACUCGUCUCCCCCCUCCCGACAGCACUCGCCCAGGUGA